AUGGAGAAGGUAUCCGCAUAUAUAGUUUCAAGCUUGGCAAAGAAAUUCGCCUUCCUGAACAUUUUGUCCGCGACUAUUAUUUACUUCCAUGGCGAUGUAACAAAUACUGGUCCAGGGAUCACUGACAAGCCUAUAGAUACGUUACUCAGCCGUUAUGAUUUUAUAAUAGUCGGCGGUGGAUCGGCAGGUGCGGUGCUGGCAAAUAGGUUGACUGAAGUCGAAAACUGGAAUGUACUACUAAUAGAAGCUGGUGGACAUGAAACGGAACUAUCAGACGUGCCUUUGUUGGUUGAAAGCGAGCACCUAUCUGAGAUUGAUUGGAAAUAUAAAACCGAACCUCAGGUUGGCGCGUGUUUGGCUAUGGAUGAUAGAAGGUGUAAUUGGCCUCGUGGUAAAGUUCUAGGCGGGUCCAGCGUUUUAAACAAUAUGCUAUAUGCGCGUGGAAACAAAAAUGACUUUGACGACUGGCUGAAACAAGGCAAUUUAGGUUGGGGGUACAAUGACGUGCUCCACUACUUUAAAAAAUCGGAGGACAAUCAAGACCCGUCCUUGGUGCGUACCCCGUACCAUUCGGCUGGUGGCUAUCUACCAGUGUCUGAGGCGCCGUACAAAACUCCAUUAGCUGAAGCGUUCACCUUGGCAGUACAAGAAAUGGGAUACGGUGUACACGAUACUAAUGGCCAAUAUCAAACGGGUUUUAUGGUACCACAAGGAACCAUCAGAAAUGGUUCGAGGUGCAGUACGGCAAAGGCAUUCUUGAAACCAGCCAGACUGCGAAAAAACUUGCACGUGAUCCUCAACACGACGGUCACACGCAUAACAAUUGAUUAUAUGACUAACAUAACGACCGGUGUCGAAAUGGUAAAAAACAACAUAACCUAUUACGUUCGGGUGCAUAAAGAGGUAUUGCUAUCAGCAGGACCUAUUAAUUCUCCACAGCUACUUAUGCUAUCAGGCAUAGGUCCUGGAAAACAUCUCGCAGAAAUGGGUAUACCCGUUAUUUCCGAUUUAAACGUCGGGAAAAAUCUACAAGACCACAUCGGACUCGGUGGUCUGAUGUUUUUGAUCGACAAAGAGGUGUCACUAACGCAUAAGAGAAGGGAAAACCUGGAUUCGUUACUCAGCUAUGGGUCGAAAGGCGAAGGGCCACUAACGGUCAUGGGUGGUGUAGAAGGAAUGGCGUUUAUUAAUACAAUAAGCAAAAAUCUAUCGGAAGACCAACCAGACAUCGGAUUGAACUUAAUGUCUGGUUCCUCCGUUUCUGGCAUUGGUGGUAUUAAAACGUGGAAAGCUCAAGGGCUAAAAGAAAUGUUUUAUCAAUGGAUGUAUAAAUCGAUUCGUGACAAAGACGUUUGGUCUGCCUUACCAAUAUUGUUGAAGCCCAAGAGCCGAGGCGAAAUACUGUUGCGGAGCGCCAACCCAUUCGACUAUCCCAAGAUCAUUCCGAACUAUUUUACUGAAAGGGAGGACGUGGACACUCUGGUGAGGGGAGUCAAGUUUGUGGUGCAAAUGGCCCGGACUGGGUCUCUCCACAAGUUGGGCAGCGAACUUCACGACAUACCGUUCUGCAGAUGUCAAUCCUUGCCGUGGCAAUCUGGCGCCUACUGGGAAUGCAUGGUCCGGUACUACACCGUUUCCACACACAACCCGGUCGGUACCGCAAAGAUGGGUCCCAAGUGGGAUAAGACCGCCGUGGUGGACCCAGUGCUCCAGGUGUACGGCGUCUAUGGGCUCCGGGUGGUGGACUCGUCCAUCAUGCCCACGAUAGUCAGCGCCAGCUCCAACGCGCCGGUUAUAAUGAUUGCUGAGAAGGCCGCGGAUAUGAUCAAGACCACAUGGCGUGACGAGAUACCGCAACAUAUGUCUAAUGAUAUGGUCGAAUUGUACCCGAGGAUAUACCACAGAAUAUAUAAAUUUAUAUUCGAUAAUUAA